AUGGGAGGCAGCUCCUACAAUGCCUCGGACUUGAACUCAGUCCUCAGUGCUUUGUCUAGUCUAGCUUCUCAGGGUCAGGGCAGUACUAGUCAAAAUAUAUCCACACCUCAGCCACCACCAAAAGCCACAUCCUCUCUAUCCAAACCCUCGGAGGAUCCUCGCCCACCGCAGCCGAGGAUAACGAGACCCCCCACCAUUUCUACAUCGGGCUCAUCAACUAUCACAACUUGGCCCGCAGCACUAAGACAUGUGAUGCGCACCGUGGGUCAAAAUGAAGAGACCCAGGCGCGCAUCCGCGGUAUAAUCCGAGGUCAACACCGCCAUGAACAACAAUGGUUCCAUGGCCGAGAGGCAUUAUUAAAGCAGCAGCAGGGUCGCCCUGAGAAACAGAAAGAGCUAGAUGCAGUCCUGAGGUCGAUCGGUGCCCCAGUAAAAGAGGACGAUGGCUCGACCGAGAAAGAAUUUGCAGCAGAGAUUGCAGCCUACGAUGCAAAGGUUCAUAGGGCAGCUGUGCAAAUGGCAGAUGCUAUUAUUGCCGAAUUGCGCGGUCUGGAUAUUCCGUUCUUUACGCUUCGGAAGGAGCUGAUUCAAGACACUCCAUCCAAUGCAGAAGCCUCACAGUCACAGAGCCAGACCGAGUCCAACCAAAUCAUCCCAUCACCUAUUGCUAAAUCUGAGCUUGUGAAGUUGCAACAACGCAUGCUGGAGUUGCUAGAGGAUCUGUGUAAAUAA